GUCUCGUGACAGGUACUUCCGCUCGGGGCGGCGGCGGUGGCGGAAGUGGGAGCGGGCCUGGAGUCUUGGCCAUAAAGCCUGAGGCGGCGGCGGUGGCAGAGUUGGCGGCUGGGAGAGCUCAGGAGAGUUCCCUGGAACCAGAACUUGGACCUCCUCGCUUCUGUCCUCCGUUUAGUUUCCUCCUCGGCGGGAGCCCUCGCGACGCGCCCGGCCCGGAGCCCCCAGCGCAGCGGCCGCGUUUGAAGGAUGACCUCUAGGAAGAAAGUGUUGCUGAAGGUUAUCAUCCUGGGAGAUUCUGGAGUCGGGAAGACAUCACUCAUGAACCAGUAUGUGAAUAAGAAAUUCAGCAAUCAGUACAAAGCCACAAUAGGAGCUGACUUUCUGACCAAGGAGGUGAUGGUGGAUGACAGACUAGUCACAAUGCAGAUAUGGGACACAGCAGGACAGGAACGGUUCCAGUCUCUCGGUGUGGCCUUCUACAGAGGUGCAGACUGCUGCGUUCUGGUGGCCACAAAGCGGGCACAGGCCUGGUGCUACAGCAAAAACAACAUUCCCUACUUUGAGACCAGUGCCAAGGAGGCCAUCAACGUGGAGCAGGCGUUCCAGACGAUUGCACGGAAUGCACUUAAGCAGGAAACGGAGGUGGAGCUGUACAACGAAUUUCCUGAACCUAUCAAACUGGACAAGAAUGACCGGGCCAAGGCCUCGGCAGAAAGCUGCAGUUGCUGAGGGGGCAGUGAGAGUUGAGCACAGAGUCCUUCACAAACCAAGAACACACGUAGGCCUUCAACACAAUUCCCCUCUCCUCUUCCAAACAAAACAUACAUUGAUCUCUCACAUCCAGCUGCCAAAAGAAAACCACAUCAAACACAGUUACACCCCACAUAUCUCACACACACACACACACACACACACACACACACACACACACACACAGAUCUGACGUAAUCAAACUCCAGCCCUUGCCUGUGAUGGCUCCUUGGGGUCUGCCUGCCCGCCUACAUGAGCCUGCGAGUAAUGGCAGCAGGACAAGCCAGCGGUGGAAGUCAUUCUGAUAUGGAGUUGGCAUUGGAAGCUUAUUCUUUUUGUUCACUGGAGAGAGAGAGAACUGUUUACAGUUAAUCUGUGUCUAAUUAUCUGAUUUUUUUUUAACAGUCUUGUGGUCUUUUUACCCCCCCGCCCUUUCCCCUCCCUCCUUGAAGGCUACCCCUUGGGAAGGCUGGUGCCCCAUGCCCCAUUACAGGCUCACACCCAGUCUGAUCAGGCUGAGUUUUGUAUGUAUCUAUCUGUUAAUGCUUGUUACUUUUAACUAAUCAGAUCUUUUUACAGUAUCCAUUUAUUAUGUAAUGCUUCUUAGAAAAGAAUCUUAUAGUACAUGUUAAUAUAUGCAACCAAUUAAAAUGUAUAAAUUAGUGUAAGAAAUUCUUGGAUUAUGUGUUUAAGUCCUGUAAUGCAGGCAUGUAAGAUGGAGGGUUGAACCCUGUUUGGAUUGCAGAGUGUUAACUCAGAAUUGGGAAAUCCAGCUAGCGGCAGUAUUCUGUACAGUAGACACAAGAAUUACGUGCGCCUUUUAUCAAAGACUUAAGAGCCAAAAAGCUUUUCAUCUCUCCAGGGGGAAAACUGUCUAGUUCCCUUCUGUGUUUAAAUUUUCCAAAAGGUUGAUUUGCAUAAUACAGUGGUAUGUGCAAUGGAUAAAUUGCCGUUAUUUCAAAAAUUAAAAUUCUCAUUUUCUUUCUUUUUUUCCCCACUGCUCCACACUUCAAAACUCCCCUGUUAGAUCAGCAUCCUACUGUGAGAGUAAAAGGAAAACCCUAACAGAUCUGUCCUAGUGAUUUUACCUUUGUUCUAGAAGGCGCUCCUUUCAGGGUUGUGGUAUCCUUAGGUUAGCGGAGCUUUUUCCUCUUUUCCCCACCCAUCUCCCCAAUAUUGCCCAUUAUUAAUUAACCUGUUUCUUUGGUUGGAAUCCUGGCAGUUCUGCUCCCUUCCUAGGAUCUGCCCCCACAUUGUAGCUUGCUUAACGGAGCACUUCUUCUUUUUCCAAAGGUCUGCAUUCUAGGGUGUGGGCUGAGUUCUUCUGUAAAGAGAUGAACGCAAUGCCAAUAAAAUUGAACAAGAACAAUGAU